AUUUAUAUUAAUUUCUUACUUCAAGUACAUUCCCAAGCAAACCCAUAUAUUCAGAACUAAGGUGCUUAAUUUGUAUCAAUUAUGUUUCGAUCCGGUAGCAUUAUUGAUGUCUUAAAUACUUUAAAAUUUUAUGGCGGGAAUUAAGUUGUAAACAAAUGUUGACUACACUUUGGUAAAAAAUGACAAAAAUGUUGGAAUUACUUCAAACAAAAUAUCCUUGCCGAAAUGAAGUAAUAAAUGUUAUAUAUCAAUUAAUCGGAAAUGUUGAAGAAUCUUUUCCUGCUAACAUUUAUUUAUGGGGACAUUCAGGUACAGGUAAAACGUCGAUCAUUAAGGAAUUCAUUCGACAAAGUACCAGGAAAAAGCGUUUAAGAACGGUUCAUCUAAACUGUGUAGAAUGCUAUACAACCAAGCUGUUGUUGGGAAACAUAAUUGAAACUUUUAUAGAGAGCACAAAUAAUGAAACGAAAUGUGACACGGUUAAUGAUUUUGUCAGCUUGUUGCGCCUUAUAUGUCCGAAAAGAUCUAAUCCUGGAGAAACGCCGAGUUUUAUUAUUGUGCUAGAUAAUGCGGAAAGAUUACGUGAUAUGGAUGCAAAUAUCCUUCCAACAUUUCUACGUCUGCAGCAACUGACUGGUCUCAAUCUGUGUGUAGUGUUUGUUUCACAACUGCCAUUCGAAAAAUAUUAUAGUAAAACUGGGAUUACUGAUAUACAAAUAGUACACUGUCCACAAUAUAAUAAAGGGGAAACAUUAUGUAUACUGAGCUCUGAUUUCGAUGUUACAAGACGUGUUAUUCGAGCAAAAUUAAAACAACAAUCAGUUGAAGAGUUAACCAAAAAAUUUUACAUUAUUGAUACCAUUACACAAGACUUUUUUAAUAAUUAUUUAAAUAUAUUAUUGAGUGUCUUCUAUAAGGCUUGUAGAAAUUUACCCGAAUUAAAAAUUACAUCACGCAAGUGUUUUGCAAUAUACAUAGAACCCGUACUAGACGGGAGCAUAGAUAUGAAAGAUGCAUCACGUUUAUGGCGUCAUGUAACCUCACCUCUAAUUAAAGCACUAUCACAAGUUUAUAUGCGCAUUGAUCAGACAAAUUCAAAGAUUAUUGAUUUGGAAAAAGAGACUUCAGUGCCUGAAAAAAGUAUACGUCAAUUAGCACAAUCACUGGAAUUACCAUAUUAUGCAAAAUAUCUUUUGAUUGCGGCAUUUUUAGCUAGCCAUAAUUCUCCGAAAAACGAUAAGCGUCUUUUUCUCAAAUACCAUGGAAAGCAACGAAAACGUAUGCAAAGCGUUAAUGCCAAAGCAAAGGUUACCGAAAAGAUGUGUACUUCACUUGGUCCGAAAUCAUUUACUAUCGACAGGCUUCUUGCGAUUUUCUAUUCAAUAUUAGAGGAAAAAGUUGGGCUUACAUGUAAUCUGUUGUCGCAAAUUUCAACCCUUGUUCAUCUCAAACUAUUGGCUUUUGUAUCUGGAGAAAAUAAUGUUAUGGAUGGUUCAUCACGUUUGCAAUGCACCAUUUCUUUAGAACUUGUACUGUAUAUCGGCAAACUAGUUGGUUUUAAUGUGCGUCAAUAUUUAUGUGAUUUUAUGUAAUUAAUAGUUGUACGCAUCCGUUAUUGUUAUUUUAUUUAUCUUUUAUUACUUUAUAUAAUUGAUUACAAUCAAUUACUAUAACCGUAAGCUGCCAAUGUCACAGGCAUAAUUUGUUAUUAUUUUCUUAUAAUGUUAAGUUAAAGAUAUUCAAAUAAAGUUUGUAAUCUCUAUGGAAAAAUUCUAUUC